AUGAUACAAGUAGCUAAAAUAAUAGGAACAGGGCUAGCUACCACAGGUUUAAUCGGAGCUGGUAUAGGUAUUGGAGUUGUAUUUGGCUCAUUAAUAAUAGGGGUUUCAAGAAACCCUUCGUUAAAAAGUCAAUUAUUUGCAUAUGCAAUUUUAGGUUUUGCUUUCUCGGAAGCGACAGGAUUAUUUGCUUUGAUGAUGGCUUUUUUACUUCUUUAUGUUGCAUAG